GUGGACCACUUGGAAUAACGAUUGCAUCCAGUGAUGAACGUUAUGAACCUGUAUUGAUAUCAUAUCUUGCACCAGGUGGAUUAGCUGAAAAGACAGGAGCGUUACGUAUUGGUGAUCGAAUUCUUGCAGUAAACAAUGAGUCGGUUGAAGGUAUAAAAGCAGCUGAUGUAAUGCAUUUACUACAACAAUGUACCGAUCCUGUUACAAUUAAAAUUAUGCGAAUCUUUGAUCCAUCAACAACUCAUUCAACCGGUUCAUGGCAUUUAUCAAAUUCAUCACAAAUAGAUAGAAUUCGAUUACAGCAUAAUAUAGCGAUGUCCGAUUCAUACAGCGAAACUUCGGAAAAAAUAAGUACACCAAUUCAAAGUAUCGAUAGUGCUGUGGAAAGCUUGGAUGAUUCACCGGGUAAUAUACCAAAGUAUCAUAGUGAUACACAACGGUAUGUAAUCGAUGAACAAUUACCCAAUACUUCAUUAAAUUAUGUUGAAGAACAAAUUGAUUACGAGAGGAUAAAUUAUCCUAGCGGUAGUGCACAUUCAUCCGGAUUAUCUGGUCCAUUCAGCGGUGAAUCACGAAAAAAGCCUAGUGUAUAUUGGAUGGAGCAAGGACAAGGACAGGGACAAGGUCAGUGGGAAAGAAAUUUAAAUUUACCAACGGAUAAAUCACAUUCACAACGAUGUGAUUGUCAUAAAACAACAAAUUUAGAACCGGAAAAUUG